GUUUUACUCUAGAACUCGUGAGGUGCACACGUUAUAGCUGAAAGCCGGCUGAGUGAAGUGAUUUGGCACGCUUCUUUGCAGUUAUACACAGGUAGUAAAGCUUACCUUCAUCAGCUGUUUUAUCGAGGCCACCGUUGACCUUUUUAUUGGAAGCCUGAUGCAGAUCUAGAGUUUAGCUAACAAAGGCACAACAAAAUGCUACGAAUUGUACAAACAACCGCACGAAAGGGUGGCCGUUGGUUGGAGAGUGGAAACUUGUUGUGGCGAGAUGGUUCCAGGAAGGAUGGAUUGGCCGAUGGGUUGAGGUCAGUUUCGAUCGGAGGAUGUGCGCAGCAAGAUGGAAUUAUCAGUAGGACGAUGUCGUCACUGGCAGGCGGCGAAAAGGGCGAUACUCAACAGAUCUCAUCGAGCCAAAGCAGCAGUAGUGGCAGUGCGAACACGACAACCGGCCGCAGCAGUAGGAAGUUGCAGGAACAAACUCACUCUAGCUCUCCCCUGACCGACAAGUUCGGUAGGUUUCACAGUUAUCUGCGAAUAUCGCUCACGGAAAGGUGCAAUCUACGCUGCAAGUAUUGCAUGCCCGCCGAAGGCGUCCAGCUCUCACCCAAGGACAAACUACUGACCGCGGACGAGGUACUCCGACUGGCCAGUCUCUUCGUUCAGGAAGGCGUCCGAAAGAUCCGUCUGACCGGUGGCGAACCCACGGUACGGAAAGACCUCACCGAAAUCAUCGAACGACUGAAGCGCAUUCCACUGCUGGAAAGUGUCGGAAUCACGACGAACGGCCUCAUGUUGACCCGGCAGCUAGUGGGCCUCCAGCGGGCCGGCCUCGAUGCGCUCAACAUCAGCUUGGACACACUGAAGGCGGCCCGGUACGAGCAGAUCUCCCGGCGCAAGGGAUGGGAACGGGUCAUAGCCGGAAUCGACCUCGCCAUCCAGCUGGGCUACAAACCGAAAGUGAAUUGCGUUCUUAUGAAAGCUUCAUCACCAUACAUAUCAUCCGCAUCCGGCAUCCAGCGACGUUCGCUUGGCGUCCGUCAUUUCUCCUCCCUGAGCCACGUGGACGAACGCACCGGUAAGGCCACGAUGGUCGACGUAGACGACAAGGAAUCGACCAAGCGCGAAGCCAAGGCACAGGCCACCAUCUACGUGGGCCCUCUGAUCUCCUCCCUGAUCGAGAACAACGAACUGAAGAAGGGCGACGUCCUCUCGAUUGCCCAGAUGGCGGGAAUCGUUGCCGCCAAGAAGACCUCCGAUCUGGUUCCCCUGUGCCACAACAUACCCCUUUCGUCGAUCAAGGUCGAAGCGAGUCUCAAUUCCUUCACCCACGAGGUCAACAUACUGACCAAGGUGAAGUGCGACGGCAAGACGGGGGUCGAGAUGGAAGCCCUGACGGCGGCCUCGAUCGCGGCACUGACCGUGUACGACAUGUGCAAGUCGGUGUCGCACGAGAUUCUCAUCAAGAACAUCAUGCUGGUGGAGAAAACGGGCGGCAAGAGCGACUACUACAAGCUGGCCAACAAACCCAAAGUGGAGAUUAGGAACGACGAUCCGCCGAUCGUCGUCAAGCGAUACAAGACUGAUCCCAUCACAAGCCACGAGGAAUUUGUUCCGACUCACAUUUGAACCAUUUCCUGACUUAAACUAUUUGGAGAACAAGUUUCAAACAACGCACGUGCCUUUGAAUUUAAAAAUGCUGCAUUUUUAUUUCGACCUUAAGAUUCGGUUUGAAUGAAUUUAGGGUGGAGCGGGGCAAGAUGGGUCGCGGGGCAAGAUGGGUCAGUGCCAUUUUCGGGCGCAUUACUCAUGUUUUGAUUAUGUUAAUAAUUUUGUUAGAUGACCAGCAUGAAUAUACAAAAGUUUAGGGCAUUGAUUGAAAAAUUAUUCACUCUCAUUGGAAAUACAAAAUAAAAUGUUUUUUUGCCAUUUUUCUUAUGCGAUACAUUCCAUAUAUUCUCCAUAUAAACGGCCGCGGGGCAAGAUGGGUCACCUUCUAUUUUGAACGUAUUUUUGGAGCAUUCAAAAGUUAUUUAUUUUUUAUUACAAGACUAUCUCAUAAAUGACUUCAAUCAAGCGGAAUAAACGCUCAAAAUUAUAACAUAAAAUUAUGAUAUUUUUUUAGUAAAAACAUCGAUUUUCAAGUCGCCUAAGGACCACUCAAAUCGUAAAGUUUUUUAUAUUCCAAAUAAAUUUAUAAAAUGUUUACUAGUAGCUCUUGUUUACUCAGUAUGGAUAUGGAGCAUAUUUGAAUGCGGAACAAAUCUUAUAUUUUGACGUUUUUCGUUGAGAAAAUGUUAAUUACUUAAAAGGUGACCCAUCUUGCCCCGCACUUUUUUCACGGCACAAAAUCGAUCACUUUUUAAAACUGCUUGUUUAACAUCAUAUUUUGUAUUUAAUGAACUUUUUAUCGACUUUUAGCAUAGCUAACUAGUGUAUUAAAGAGUAGCGGACGAAUGCAAACCAAUCCGAUUUGUAUUUACGAAGUUAUGGUGAUCCAUCCUUAUGCGACCCAUCUUGCCCCGCCCCACCCUACUUACAUUAGCAGGGAAACUCUCACAGCACAAAUUCUAUUGGUAUUAGGUCAUUUGGGGUAAUUUUGACUUGCUACAAGUAGCUAUUUGGAAAAUGAUCAUUCAGAAUUAUGGUAAAGUCAAACCUCAAAAAGAUUAAUGAAACUCAGAUUGUACUAUCUAAGAUUGAUCGUAAGCCAAUUCCUAACCUUAGAAUUAGGUUUUUUGAUACAUUGUAUUGAAUAGUUUAACAAAAUGGUAAUUUGUGUUCGUCAAGAUUAUUCGACAGAAUGGUAGCUUUUCACCGUGAUUCCUUCCCAGUCAAUAAGAUGUUAUUCAGUUUUCGAGAAUAUACGUUAAAUUAUUCAUUGUCUU